AUGUACCUGGUCACUGUAAGUGGAAACCUGCUCAUUGUUCUGGUCAUACUCUCAGACGCACACCUCCACACCCCCAUGUACUUUUUCCUCUCUAACCUCUCCUUGGUGGACAUCUGCUUCACCUCCACCACCAUCCCCAAGAUGCUGGCAAACAUCCAGACACAGAGCAGAGCCAUCAGCUAUGCUGGCUGCCUCACACAGAUGUUCUUCUUCAUAUUGCUUUCUGUGUUGGAUGAUGUUCUCUUGGCUGUGAUGGCCUAUGACCGGUUUGUGGCCAUCUGUCAUCCCCUGCACUACACGGUCAUCAUGAAUCGCUGGCUCUGUGUGCGGCUGGUUCUGAUAUGUUGGCUCUCUGUCGUAUCCUUAUUCUAUUGCACAGGGUUAGGUGUUUACCUUAGUUCUGCUAUUUCUCAAAACCCAAGUUCAAUUGCAGCAGCCUCGGUGAUGUACACUGUGGUCACCCCCAUGCUGAACCCCUUCAUCUACAGUCUCAGGAAUGCAGACAUCAAAAGGGCUCUGACAAGAUCUUUGGGCUGGAAAUCAUGA